UAUACCUAUAAUUCUAUCUAUCUGGGGAAUUGAAAAAGUGGUACCCUUAAUAAUCGAUUCAACCAAGCUCCUUUAUCCACUUUGUGGCGCCAAACAUAAUCAGCUGUUUAUUGGAUACAAAUUUGAAAGCUAAAAUUAAAUUUUAAUAAUAUGAAUAAUAAAAUUAAGAAAAUGAGAAUCCCAGUUGAGCUGAAUCAAUUGCUGAAGAAUAAAAGUGAUCACGGUAUUUCAUGUGUUGCGGAAUCAAAUGAUGACAAUUAUUCGAACUUAUUGGCGAAAGUCCCCGGACCCAAAGGUUCACCAUACGAGGACGGUGUAUUCAAACUUAAGAUAACAUUUGGCACCCAGUAUCCUUUCCAACCACCAACAUUCAAGUUCUCAACACCCAUUUAUCAUCCGAACAUUGACAACACGGGUAAAAUUUGUUUGGAUCUAUUACGUAUGCCGCCGGCAGGCUCUUAUAAUCCCGCUAUUACACUGGAGUCGAUGCUACUCUCCAUACAAUUACUUCUGGCUUCUCCGAACCCAGAUGACCCUUUAAAUAGUGAAGCAGCGGAUCUAUACAAAACUAAUCUGGAAGAAUUCAAUAGUAAAACACGUGAAUUGGUGCGAAAGGAAUGUUCUAAUGAUCAGAAUGAGUAUAUAGAAGUGUCCGCUACAAAGCGUUUGAAAUAAAUUAUUACCGAUUUCCCUCCCAUUAAAAAAGAAUGAAUUCAGCUGUCGUGAAGAAAUACAAUUCUAUUUUAAUGUCUUCAUUUCCAAGUUGGUCAUCACCGUUACAAUUAUUUAUUUUUUAAUCAAUACAUUUCAUUUUAUUUCAAUAAAUUUUAUGUUGACAAUUAUUUAUUUAGCAAUUUAAGAUAUAAUGGGCAUCAUGAAUUAUUUAACUGUGUAUUCCACUUAGACGCUAGGUGCGCUUGUUUUGCGUGUUCUACAAGUUGUUGAACAUCACAUCUAAAAUGUAAAAUCCACAAAAAUAAAAUCAAAUAAGAAACUAAACAAAUAAUUAACAAAUAGACAUGUUGAUUUUUAACUAUUUGACUGUUUUGUUAUAAAACGUCCAACUAAAUGUGUUUUACAGAAGUAUGCGUAUGUCUAUAUGUCUAAAUAAGAAUAAUUGAGUUAAUUGAGUCAUGUAUGAAUAAACUUUUAAAUACUAAAUAAUAGCAAAAUAAUUACAUGAAAGCAUUGUUAAAAAAAAUUGAAUUACACCUACUUAAAAUGUUCUUAUAAAUAGCGCAUAUCUCUUAAUAAACGACUUAACAUGUUUUGUGUGGUUGCUCACAGGCUUACGGUGGCAGCGUCGGCAGUGAACUGACAACAGAUCGUAGAAACUUUUUAAACUACAAAAUAAAAUCGAUUACAGAUGAAUUUCAUAAUAAUGCAGAGUUAGAUGGUGUAAUAAUAAUGCAUAGAUGUGUUGUAUAAA